UCAAAUCAAGCUCGAUCCGCCGUCGAUCGUCAACUGCCCCUUUUCUGCAGUCGGCCACCGUCGUUCCCAAAACAAGGCGCAAGCGUAACCUUUCACUGUAUUCAAAGACAGGAGCGCCCUGGCUAUUGCUCUCAAACUCCGGUCUUGUUAAAGUGAUUUCCCUAAAUUCUAUAUUUCCCUGUCUGCGCGAGCUCUUUCUGCUGCCUGCGGGCUCUGUUAGGGUUUGUGAUAUCUAUUUGCGCGAGCAGGUAUUGGAUACCCUUCAACACCGAGGCAUGUCGAAGCGGAAGUUCGGGUUCGAAGGCUUUGGCAUCAACCGCCAAUCGACCUAUAAUUUUGAGAGAUCUCAAGCUCCUCAGCGACUGUAUGUUCCUCCUUCAUCACGUCACGGGCAUGACAAUUACGAGGAUACUGACCUUGACAACAUCGAAUAUGACGAUAAUGAUGCUCCCAAAGACGGAAACAAUGGUAAUGACAGCAACAACAACGAUAUUGAUCCCUUGGAUGCUUUUAUGGAAGGGAUUCACGAGGAAAUGAGAGCCGCGCCGCCUCCACAGCCGAAGGAAAAGGCAGAGGACAGGUAUAGAGAUGAUGAUGAGGACGACCCGAUGGAGAGUUUCUUGAGGGCGAAGAAGGACGUAGGGUUGACCCUGGCGUCCGAGGCUCUGCACGCUGGAUAUGACUCCGAUGAGGAGGUUUAUGCAGCUGCGAAAGCUGUAGACGCGGGAAUGGUAGAGUAUGACUCUGAUGACAACCCCAUUCUUCUUGACAAGAAGAAAAUUGAGCCCAUUCCUGCUCUGGAUCACAGUUCGAUUGAGUACGAGCCCUUUAACAAGGAUUUUUACGAGGAGAAACCUUCAAUAUCAGGUAUGAGCGAGCAAGAUGUUUCUGAAUACAGGAAGAGUUUGGCCAUUCGUAUAUCAGGUUUUGAUGUUCCGAGGCCAGUUAAGACAUUUGAAGACUGUGGUUUCUCUCCACAACUUAUGAAUGCCAUAAAGAAGCAAGGCUAUGAGAAGCCAACAUCAAUACAAUGCCAAGCUUUACCAGUUGUGCUUUCUGGCCGGGAUAUAAUUGGUAUAGCAAAAACUGGUUCUGGUAAAACUGCUGCCUUUGUCCUUCCUAUGAUUGUACAUAUCAUGGACCAACCUGAACUUCAGAAGGAUGAAGGUCCAAUAGGAGUAAUCUGUGCUCCCACUAGAGAACUGGCGCAUCAGAUAUAUUUGGAGGCCAAGAAAUUUGCGAAACCCUAUGGGUUACGCGUCUCUGCUGUCUAUGGUGGAAUGUCAAAACUUGAUCAGUUCAAAGAACUCAAGGCAGGCUGUGAGAUAGUUGUUGCUACCCCUGGCAGAUUGAUAGACAUGCUGAAAAUGAAGGCACUUACGAUGAUGAGAGCAACUUGCUUGGUGCUUGAUGAGGCUGAUCGGAUGUUUGACCUUGGAUUUGAGCCACAAGUAAGGUCCAUCGUUGGUCAGAUCAGGCCUGAUCGCCAAACUUUACUUUUCUCUGCGACAAUGCCCCGUAAAGUUGAGAAGUUGGCCAGGGAAAUUCUUAGUGAUCCUGUUAGAGUGACAGUUGGGGAGGUUGGAAUGGCAAAUGAAGACAUUACUCAAGUUGUUCAAGUGAUUUCUUCUGAUACAGAGAAAUUGCCAUGGCUUCUUGAGAAGCUGUCUGGAAUGAUUGAUGAAGGUGAUGUCUUAAUAUUUGCUUCCAAAAAGGCUGCUGUGGAUGAAAUUGAAUCACAACUGGCACAAAGAGGCUUUAAAGCGGCAGCUCUGCAUGGUGAUAAAGAUCAAGCUUCUCGAAUGGAUAUCUUACAGAAGUUUAAAUCUGGUGUAUACCAUGUUCUUAUUGCAACUGAUGUUGCUGCUCGUGGUCUUGACAUCAAAUCAAUUAAAUCUGUGGUAAACUUUGAUAUUGCAAAAGAUAUGGAUAUGCAUGUACAUCGCAUUGGUAGAACAGGUCGUGCUGGUGACAAGGAUGGGGUUGCAUACACUCUUAUAACUCAGAAAGAAGCACGUUUUGCUGGUGAGCUGGUUAAUAGCUUAAUAGCAGCUGGUCAGAAUGUGUCCAUGGAGUUGAUGGAUCUUGCUAUGAAGGAUGGGAGAUUCAGGUCCAAACGUGAUGCAAGAAAAGGAGGUGGGAGAAAAGGUAAGGGGAGGGGAGGGGGCGGUGGUAGAGGCGUGCGUGGAGUGGAUUAUGGCUUGGGUAUUGGAUACACUCCGGAGUCCAAUAACCCUUCGCCUAGCACAACAAGUCGAUCUGCCGCUGUAAACUCACUGCGGACAGGGAUGAUGGCACAAUUUAGGAGCAACUUUGUUGCUGCUUCAUCAAACUCUCAAAACGAAUGCUUCAGUAACAGUACAAGUAUGCCUGCUAAUAAGAGACCCGCCCUCCCUGGCUUCAUAUCUGGUGGGUCAAUUGGUGGCGGUGCAAAUGCUAAUCAUCAGACUCCUGCUUCAUCCAGACCUGCUGCUCCGGCUGUAAAUGCCAGCAUUCACAACUCUGGAGCUGACGCUGGCCAGAGGAAUACCGACAGCUCCAGGCCUAGAGAAAGGAGGAGGCCUUCAGGUUGGGACAGAUAGUGUAUUACUAUUCAAGGACACCCUCACUGUCACGUGUGAAUGUCUCUGUAGUCUAGGUCACGUCCUUCUAUGAUGCCUGUGUGUCAUUAGUUUGCUACUUUCAAAUAAUUCAUGACGAGUUUGUAAAAUUUGUGCAUGUAAAAAUAGAUCAGGAUUUCAAUAGUCAGUAACUAGUGGUAUUGAAAUUGAAAUUAGGAAAAAUGCAUUAUCUGCUAAA